AUGGCUCUUAACAUGACUAAUUUGACCUCUGGUCAAGACUCUUAUAAUCCAUGCUGGACACCGCUGGUCAGUGAUUUUGUAGUCAUCAUGUUCCUGUUGAUCAAUCACGUGAUCUUGAGCUCGUGCCUCUGCGUCACAGGAAUUGUGGCGAACGUCAUCAAUAUUUGCGUGUUUCUGAAGCAAGGUCUCGGCACCUCGACCAGCAUCAGCUUCUUCUCGCUCUCCGUGGCUGACCUUUUGGGCCUCGUGACCUUGUUGUGGUACGACAUGUGCCUCAACCCAUACCUCGCCAACCUUGACACUGACAUCCUUUUCAAAGAAGUCGCCUACCUAACUUCCGGCUGGCCGCACGGCUGCGCGUCGCGCAUCACCAGCUGGACCACUGUGUUCAUUACUGCUGAGAGAUGUCUAUCCAUCGCUCUCCCGUUAAAAAUCAAGCACGUCAUCACCCCGGAGAGGACAACGGCGAUUAUCAUCAUCAUUUAUCUCAUCAACAUUCUGUCCCUGGUCCCAGAGUACUCGUCGGCUUACUACGACUGGACGUUUAAUGUGGCCAAAAACAAAACCGUAUUUGGCCUUGUUUUCCGAAGCAACCGGCCACAGACUGCCGGGUUGUCUUUUCUUUUCCACGGCUCUUUCACUCUCAUAUCCUUUUUCUCCGUGGUGACAUUCACCAGUGUCUUAGUCUUGGAGCUAAGGAGAACCUCGAAAUGGAGGCAGCGCGCGGUGAACUCUGGGAAGCAGACGGCCACCAUGUCAAAACGAGACCGGAAGACGAUGAUCAUGGUUGUGCUCGUGGCCACCUCUUUGAUCGUCUGCUUCGUCCCCACCGUGGUGCUGUCCAUCGUGACCAUCAGCGUUUCUGAGUUUAGCGUUGUGGGGAAAGAGGUCAACCUGUUCAACACGUGCUGGUCAUUCGGUUUCCUGCUCCACUCGGUCAACUCUAACGUCCACUUUCUACUCUACUACAAGAUGAGCUCCAAAUUUAGGUCAACGUUUCAGAACCUCUUUAGAAGAACCGCGGACGCAGUGGACACGCAUGACACUCAGUGGGAUGACCACAUCUAG